AUGUCGUUCAUGAGAGUUGGAAACCUUGCCUGCUCUCGGGCAGGCAGGCUCAUGGCCCCCCGCAAUGCCCGUUUGCUCUCAGCAACUGCUUUCCGAGCCGACUCGCCUGUCAAAACCAGCUCUGCUGAUGCCCCGACAACGCCUCUUUCGGAGAGCUCAAUGAUCAAGAAGGAGACACCUGCUGAAGCAAUGACCCGUCACCAACCAGACUAUGACGCUACUAUCGACCAUGGCACCUCCAAAUUCUCCCCUGUGCCCAAGCGUGUCAUGGAUGGAAGUGAGCCCGGCGAGACGGUUCCUGCUGCUGUCCUCUCUGGCGCUCCAACCGAUCUCCAGGCCCGUACUGUCAGGAUUUUCCGACCUUCGAAGCCCGCUUCGCAGUCCGGAGACUGGCACUCUCACCACUGGAGGAUGGAUUGGGAUAUUCUACAAAAGGGGCACCGCUGGGAGAACCCCUUGAUGGGCUGGCAAUCUUCUGCGGAUUGCAUGCAGGGCACACAUUUGAACUUCAAGUCGAAGGAAGACGCCAUUCUAUUUGCUCAGAAGCAGGGUUACGAAUAUUUUGUCCAGGAGCCAAAUGAGCGCAAGUUUGUUCCCAAGGCUUACGCCAACAACUUCGUUCACGAGCAUAAGAAGCUCAAGCACAUCAGAACCAAAUAG